UCAGUUUCAAUAAUUUCGCGAUGAUGUCUAGUGCAUUGGAAUCCAUUCUACUGUCCACGAAGUACUAUGCCCCGGAGUCGUGGGUUCCGGGCAAAUCGACUGAAAUUGCCAGACAGAUCAAUGGGUUCGUGCGCGACUCCAACGAGGCGGCCAUGCUGAUCGCCUAUAUGAUCUGUGAUAGCAACGGAUUCAGGGUGACCAUUGAAUCGGGUGGAGCAGGAACAUUUCACGCUCCCUACUAUGGUCGCGGUUACAUCAAGCUAUGCUGGAGAAGCAACUAUGAGGAGGCGUCCCGAGAUCUCUGCGAUCCGCGUAUUCUUCAUAAUCCGGAUGUUAUCAACAGUAGCGUUGAGUUGUGCACCCGUGUGUCUAUUUGGUACUGGGAGAAAAAAAUUCGGCCAGUGUUGGCUAGAUCAGCUAGGAAAACUUUCUUCGAUGUUACCAAAAUAUUCAAUCCGGGAGCGGAUAAAGGAUCCACCUAUGUUGCGGAGCGUUACAGCGUUUAUUGCCAGGCGGCUAGAGUGUUGGGAGUUACAAAUUUGAUUCCCUGUGCGUGAGAAUGCCGUAGCGCGUAGUGUAUUUAUUUUUAAAUAAUAUGUUCCCAACUCGUCAUUCCAUUAUUCAAUCAAUGCUGGAAGUAUUAUUGAAAUGAGUUAGAAAUUUCAUUGAAAUCUGCCUACAAAUUUGCCCAAAUAGGAUAAUGGAUUUCUUCAAUGGGAUAGUUUGGCCUACUUUCAAUGAUCAUCGAAAUAAAAAGAAAUACGUAAUUGCUAUGGAUGUCAUAAAACUAAGCAUAGCUAAGUGCCCUUGAAGAUUAUGGCAAUUGUAAUGUUGAAUUUGUAUUUUUAAAGAUAUCAAAAAGUAUCUGUUCAAGUAUAAAGGAUAGCUUCGGUGCUGCAUGCAGAUUUCUACAAACUUCAAAAAUGCCUGUUAGUGUGGAAAAUAAUGAAAAUAAUGAU